UUAGCCUCCCUUUUUGGGGUCCUCUCCUCUCUCUCUCCUUUUCCCUAUAAUUAGAUUUCAAUUUGAAUUCCAAAAAAAAAAAAAAAAAAAAUUUCAAGAGAAAAUUAUCAUGGCACUUGAGGCAGUGGUUUUCCAACAAGACCCAUUUGGCCAAGGCAGCAGCAGCAAAGAUUUGUACAAUUUGAUGGGUUCUGCAGCAGCAAUCUGGGGGAGCUAUGAUGAAGAAUUCUCCAAAGAAGAUGAAGAUUUUUCUUUUCUCGGGAACCAAACAGAAAAUUCUCCUAAUUAUUACCACUGUGGAUCGGAUCAAUGGAAUUAUUAUUCUUGUGUGGAUCCGAGUAAUUUUUUAAACGAACCACAGGCGCCGCCGCCGCAGCCGCAGCCGCCCCAUGAUGAUUCUUCUUCUCCGGUGGGUCAGAUCGUCGGCGGAGGGCGGUGGCGGGCGGCGAGGAGGCGGCGGUGGAAAACGGAGAAGAAUAAAGAGGAAAUAGAGAAUCAAAGAAUGACACACAUUACUGUGGAGCGCAAUAGAAGAAAGCAAAUGAAUCACUAUCUCUCUGUUCUUCGAUCAUUAAUGCCUCACUCCUACGUCCAAAGGGGCGACCAAGCCUCAAUCAUAGGCGGAGCCAUCAACUUUGUGAAGGAGUUGGAGCAGCAAGUACAUUUCCUUAGUGCUCAAACACAUGUAAAGCCCUCUCCCAAUGCUGCACCAAAUAUUAUUGCUCCUCCCUUCUCUCAUUUCUUUUCCUUCCCGCACUACUCGUCCUCGACAUCGACCUCGACCUCGACUUCGGCGUCUGCUCCUUCGGGCCUCACCAGUAUGGCUGCCUCCGCCGUCCCGAGCAACCAGAUUCAGUCCUCUCUGGCUGACGUCGAGGUCUCCAUGGUUGACUCCCAUGCAAACCUCAAGAUAAGGUGCAAGAAGCUCCCCAAGCAACUCCUCAAGAUUGUCUCUGGCUUGCAUCGCUUGCACCUCAGUGUUCUUCACCUCAAUGUCUCCACUCUCCAUCAGAUCGUCCUCUAUUCCUUCAGUCUCAAGGUAGAGGAAUAUUGUGGGCUUUCUUCUGUGGAUGAAAUUGCGAGAGCUGUACAUCAGUUGGUUUGCAGAAUUCAAGAAGAGGCAUUCUCCCUCUGAUUUUGAGCAAGAGAAAGAAAAAUUAGCAUUUUAAUUAAUGAUCUUUUCCUUUUGUUUUUUAAUCUCUUUCUCUCUCUUGAUGAAGCUAGAGCUUCACAUUGUAAACUUUGAGGUUGUUCUUUGUUCUGUUCUUCUUCUCUCUCUAAAUUUUUGGUCGGUUCAACAUGUUCUUUGUCUUUAAUUGAUUAUUA